AUGCCCUCAUUUCCUCCUCCUUCUGAAGACUUCCCCAGCAUCCUCAAAGGAAAACGCAUCCUCCUUACCACCGAAUCUCUAGGCCCAGUCAACGGCGUCAGUCGCACAACCGGCAAAUUAAUCGAGUAUCUGCGUCGCAAUGGCGUCGAACUGGCCGUCGUGGCACCACAGUUCACCUCACCACCACCACCACCACCACAACAUCAUCAAACCCACGAAGAAGAAACAACAACAACAACAAUCCGCCUCCCCGGCUACCCCCUCCCCUACAACCCCGACCUCACCCUCGUCUACCCCUUCCACCUCACCACCACAAUCUACCCCCAAACCUUCACCCCGGACCUAAUCUACAUCGCCAGCCCAGCCAGUCUAGGCUUCCAACUCCUCCUCCAACUCCGCCAACUCCACUCCCCUCCACCAACGCUCCUAAACUACCAAACAGACCUCUCCUCUUACAGCUCCAUCAUCUUCCCUAGACCCCUCUCCACCUUUGCCGUCUGGCUCCUCUCCCUCGUAGAGGGAUAUCUCUUCCGCACGCCCUGCAUCCAAACGAUCUUCUACCCGUGCAGCGAUGUCCUAACCUACUUACGAUCCACCAAUACCCCAAUACACAAGACCCACCGGUUGGGACGGGGAGUCGACACAGCUCUCUUCAGCCCAUCCCGUCGAUCCCAAUCCUUACGGGAUACGUUAGCCCCGAAUGGCGAAGCAAUCCUCCUUACAGUCUGUCGGAUCGCGCCAGAGAAGGGAUUUGAGUUCCUCGCUGAGGCCAUUACCCAUCUUCUCUCCAGUACGAAGAUACCCUUUAAGAUGGUGAUAGUCGGUGGGAACGCCAACCCAGCUGUGACAGCACGCAUCCAAUCCCUCUUUCACCACAUCUCUUCACAUGUUAUCUUCCUCGGGUUUAAAACUGGGGUGGAGUUAGCGAGGAUCUACGCCUCCGCGGAUAUCUUCCUGCAUUGCUCUGUUACGGAGACAUUCGGGCUGGUUGUGCUGGAGGCUAUGGCGAGCGGGGUGCCGGUCAUCGCGAGGGAUCAAGGUGGCCCGUCGGAUAUCGUGAGGAAUCAGGAAACGGGGUAUUUGGUUCCGGUGGCGGAGGGGGAAGUGGGCGUGUUCAGUGGGCUUGUGGGGGAGGUGUUGCGGGAUGGGAGGUUGAGGGGGCGGUUGGGGAGAGGGGCGAGGGUGUUUGCGGAGGAUAUGACUUGGGAGAGGAUUAAUCGGAGGGUGGUGGGGAGGAUGGUGGAUGCUUUGGAAGCCAAUGGG